AUGCCGUAUAAAAUGCCAACUGUACAACAGUUCCUAAAAAAGAAGAAAAUAUAUGACUAUACGGAACCAGUAUGGGUCUAUUUGGAAAAAGAGAUGCUUGCUAACGUAGAUAAAAAGCCAUACAAUGAAAAAGUUGGCCAUUGGUUACGUUUUUUAAGAGAUCUGAAAUACCACUAUUAUUGUGAAGAACAACGCAAAUUGAAAAGAUUAAAGCGAGAAGUUGGACCACCUUGGUAUUACGAACUAUCUAACGCUCAAAGAAUAACACUAGGAGAAUUAAAAUCUAAUAUACACCAGGACCUUUUAGAAGAUAUACCAGCGAGGACAAGAAAGUCAUUAUCAGAUUUGGGUAUAACUUUGCGUAUACCAACAUCUGUUCUGAUGAAUGCCAUGAACGAUUCCGUCGAGGAUCCCGGUGUUUUUAUAUGGAACUUGUAUUCUGCAUAUUAUAAGAAACCACCAAGUGAACUGCGAUCAGUUUACGAUAUGAACGCAAUGAUUCUGAUGUCGUGUUUGGUAUUCGUGGAUUUGGAGGAAUGCGUUCAACGCUUAGAAGAUCUUACGUACGCGUCCAUGCCACCACCCACUGUCCCAGAACAGAAAGUAAAGAAGAACGUACAACCAAAUGUUCGCUACGGAGAAUAUUUACAGAAAUGCUACAUACCGUGUUAUAGUAAUCAUUCAAAUAAAAAACCUAAACCAAGGGUCCGACCUCUUGGUUACAAAGUUCGUCUGCGUAGCGAUGAGAGCUAUGAAAGACUUUGCAAAGAUCACGGUUUUUUGGAAAAGCGCAAAGAAAGGAAUAAGAAAGAAAAGCAAAGUGAAAGGAUAUGUAAUUAUAAAUUUUGGGAGCCACCGAGUACUUUACGUAACACGGAUCCAAAAAUGGUCGCAUAUGUAAAUAAAUUGAGGAUGCUCAAAAAGAGAGCUAAGCCGAGAUUUAAGUCUCCAUAUAAGAAUGUUCAAUACCACGUCGGAGGAGUUUCUUUUGUGGGAGGAAGACCGCGAUUCCUUUUAAAUAACGUUGCUCUGCUACAAACCGGCUACAUACCAAUAAACGGUGGAAUCGUUUAUUACAACGGGGAAUUUAUUACCGUCAUCGACGGUUACUGGAAGUUUCCAAGGGACGUGAAGGAAAUCUGUGAAGAAUCUUGUUCUUGUUUAUCUAAAUGGGAGGACACAGUGAUGGACUAUCUAAAGAAAUCAAAGUGUAAAUGUGGUCAUCUUUAUGACUUUUAUAACGAAGGUAGAGCCACCGAAAAGUAUUUCUACCAACCUACAAAACACGGUCCAUUAUUCUGGGACAAAGCAAAGAUUUACCAAAUGGAUCCCAUGGAGGACUUUAUAAGGAACACAGUUCGGGAAUCCUUGAUGUCUCAAGAACCUACGCCCGAACCAUCAAUGCCGACAAUAUUACCAUCAGGAUUAAAAGAGAGAGAAUUACUUGCGGCAUUUUUAGCUGAGUUGUCUGAAACACCUCUGUUAAUACCACAUUUACCUAAAGCGUGCUUAUUGAACAACUUGCAAGAGUGGGUUAGAAGACGUGUGAAGGGUACACUUACUGCGGAACAGAGUAGAAAAUUUCUUCUUCAAUCACAAAGACGAUGGCUCGAUUUAAAGCACAUGGACUUUAGAGCCCGUGCAUACAGAAUACCCUUCACACUUAAACAACUGAAGCACUUGAACUGGUCCCAUAGACAAUUGGUUCAGAAACUGUUUGAAAUUCUCCUUAAUGAUUUCGUAACAAGAAAUCGGCUGAACCAACUCAAUCAGACUAGGCUGUGGUGGGCAACUACGAAGUAUGACGCUUAUCCAAGCAAAGCUUUCUUGGAUAUAUUUUUUACUUAUAUGCCUGGCCGAAUGAAGGAUACCUUCUUAAUAGAUCCAUACAGUUCCGAAUUGAUACCAAAGCAUGGAGCAAAAACAUGUCCUUUGUCAUUGUAA